CCAAAAUCCACAAAACCCUUAGCGCCAUUAGAAAUCUCUGUUGCAUUCUUUUUCUCCCAAGAGAUCCUGUGGGAUCAUAAAAAGCACAGAUGGAGUCUUCUCAGUUUCCAGAGCAAUUGCAAACCGAAGCAUACAAGAUUUUUAGCUCCAAUGAUGUCAAACCAAUGGAAACCCUCUUCUCUCUUCUUCUUUCUCCUCAAGAACCACAAAGGUCCCAUGCCUACAAUCUCCUCCUCUGUUGUAAAGAUCACUACCCAUGUCUUUUCUUUAUAAAGCUUUCUUACCUUCUUAGAUUUGCCUCUAACAUUGACACCCGUGCAAAUUGCGCCCGUGUCCUCAACUUUGUUCAAGUCCAAAACUUGUGGCCUAAGUUACCUUCUCUUGCUCAAGUCAAUAUGAAGAACCUAUUUCUUGAUUGCCUUCAAACGGAGAAGUUUAUGCCCGUUUUAAGGAAUCUUUGUGAGGUUGUGUCUGAUGUAGCUGGUGAAGUUUUUAAAGGUCAAGACCAAUGGCAAGAGCUUUUUGAUUUUUUAGGAAGGUCUCUUGCAUUGGAGGAUGACAAGUUUCAAGAAACUGCUUUGUUGGUGUUUGCUUAUAUGCCAUAUGAUUGUAGGAGAUUAAUCUGUGAAGCUUUAUUACCUCGAAUCGAUCUUUUAUAUGAGGGGCUUUUGCGUGCAUUGGCUUCAGAAAAUGUUGACGUAAAGGUUGCUGCUUUUGGAGCUCUCGUUAAUUUGUUGCAUUUGUUUUCGGGGUCUUUAGGGCCUGAAUGGUUCAACGACUUGUUACGAGCAAUGAUGAUGGGAGUGUUUGAUCUAUUGAAAGGUGAAAAAGAGGAGUGUGCUCAGAAGGGUCUACAGGAAUUAACUAAGUUGGCGAUGGAAGAGCCUCAAAUCUUGAGGCCUUACCUUAAUACUUUAGUUCCAGAGAUGCUUCAUCUGGUUGACAGGAGAACUGUUAAGGAUGAAACGAAACGUUGUGCAAUUCAGUUCUUGAUGACCAUGGUACAAGCCAAAGCAUUGGAACCGGCAAUUCAGAUGCUGCCUUCUGAAUGUUUGGUCGGGUUGUUCAUUAUCCCAAUGAGAAUGCUUAUUGGUAUCCAAGAUGCUGUUGCAUGGUAUGAUAUGGGAAGUGUAGAGGGUGAUAAUGCAGGGGAAACGGACACUUAUAAAUAUGGAAUCGAGUGCUUGAACCAGAUGUCAAUAGUUUUCGGCGGAAAAAAGAUAGUGCCCAUUGCCUUUAAAGUCUUAACAGUGUAUAUGGAUGCAACAGAAUGGGAGAGACGUCAUGCAGGAAUCACUAUGCUUGGGGUGAUUUCUAAGGAGUGCUCAUAUGAAAUGGUAAUGAUGGAAGAUUAUUUGCAGCGAGCUGUGAAAAUAAUUUUGACAUCAUUUCAAGAUUCCCACCCGAGAGUUUGUUGGGCAGCUUUUCAUUUUAUGCAGUUGCCCACAGAUCUGGUUGGCACAAUUCAAAUUCUUCAUCAUUCAAGUAUUGUACCUGCACUUGUUGCUGCAGUUGACAAAGAACAAAAUCCUAGAGUGGAGGAAGAAGUUGCAUCAGCAUUGUUCUUCUUUGUGAAGAGCAUCUCACAGGAUUGCUUAAUUAUGUACAUUGAUUUGGAUAUUAUCUUAAGAAAAUUGCUUGCACUGCUACAGGGUAAUGGCAGAACUGACAGAUGCAGAUCCAUUGCAUUGUGUACUUUCAAUACUAUCGCAAAACAAUGGCGUGGAGCAUGUGUCAAGCACUCUGCUAAUUAUCUGCCAGUCUUACUAGAAGCUUGCACUGACAAGAAUUCAGAACUAAGAAAGGAAGCUAUAUGUGGAAUCCGGAUUUGUGCAGAGUUUGGUGGAUCUCAAUUUAAACCUUUUAUUAAAAGUGCUCUGUCAAAACUAACUGUUGUGAUGGCAUAUCCUAAUCGAUCAUGUAUAGAGGAUUUAAAGGCAUCUGAUAUUGCAGUUUCUGCUAUAGGAAAAAUAUGCGAGUUUCAUCGUGACAUCAUAAAUGCAACAAAGCUUGUUCCCACCUGGUUAAGCUUCUUGCCUAUCAAAGAUGAUUUAACUGAGGCCAAAUCUGUGCAUGAACAGCUUUGUUCAAUGGUUGAAAGGUUCGACAAGGAACUUUUUGGGCCUGGUUGCGAACACCUUCCUAAAAUUGUUAUUGUGUUUAUUGAGGUUAUUAGUCAGGGAAGCAAUUUGGCAACAACAAACACUGUGAGAAAAAUGAGAGAUUUGCUAAAGCAAAUAUGGACGGAAUUCCCACGUACUGUGUUGGAUCAAAUCUUGUUAUCAUUAAAUGCCAUGCAGAGAGAGGUGCUAGCAAAUGUUGCUGGCUUAUCAUCUUAAUCAUCAAAGUUUUCUUUACAGAGGAAUUUCCCGUACUAGAGAAAAGGCUUUUUUCCCCCCUUCUGUCCUUGUACAGUUUCAGACAGCAAGACGUUGGAUUUAAACGGGAGAAGAAUGAAUAGCAAGAAGAGGUUGAUUUUGUUGUAUUGGGUGAAUUUAGGAAACAAUGAGAAAAUAUUGAGGUUUAUAGGAUGUUAUUGUUGAUGUAGAAAUAGUGAUGUGAAUAUUAACUAGGAAAUUGCUGAAAAUUAAUGGAGUUUAUUAUUCUGAG